UGCUGCUGACAUGUCAUGAUGUCGCUUUGCCGAGGUCAAGCCAGGCGUUUAUUUCCGCCAUCGACGACCGGAGGAUCAGCGGUAAGACAUGUCGAUCCGACAUUGUUUUGGCCCAACUGUGGAAUGUCACUCGUCAUCCCUUGUUCCUCAGACGUGCACGCUGGCGCCGAGUGCACCAUUCCUGCGCUCAGACACGCCUCCGCUGCUGAAGCUGCGCGCACGGAUCUCGCCCAACCAAGCUCGCGCCAAAACGAAAAAUCCAACUCAUUGGUCCCGUGGAAGUUAGAACGCAACCUCGUGUGUCGUUUCAAAAUAAAGGCCUUUUGAAAAUGAUGCUCCAAUUUCAAAAGGCCUCAAGUUUGGCCUCAAACGUCCUGGGCCACUUCCAGGGCUGAGUCCUAGACCAGUGGAAUAGUGGUCCACCUCAGGGAUUCCCCAAAAUAUCAUUACAAAUAUGUACACAUCCACAUUCAAUAAGCAGCACAUGCAAAGGCUUUUACUUUGAAAUGACACAUGCUUCCUGGGUGUCUUCCAGGUGGAUUUUCUAGGACGAUACGGUAUAUUUCCGUGUCUUUUGCUUUGAAAUCGGCUUCGCCUUGGCAUUACCGUAAUGCUCGCAUUACACGCGCGUUGCAUUGGUGCGGCCUUGACUCCAGUCACAUUUGCGUCUGUUUGAGCCCCUGGGACUACAAGUUGCCUACAGGCGCGCGCGCAUGUCGUCACUUCCCCUCGCCGGCACCGCACCGUGCACGUCACGUCCAAGCGCCAGCGACACCAAGCGAGCUCGCGACCGCAGCGUUUUCUCCGGUGGCUUGAGCUCCAGGUUCCACGUGACGGAGCGUGUGGAGCCGUUGGCGCCUCGCCGGAAGCAGGGUUUGGCCUCGUUCACACGGGUUUUCGCUGAGUACCGAGCCGCCCAGGGGAGCGCGUGGUGAGCUUCGCCGAUUGUUCCUGACAUUUAAAACCUAGAGCGCCGCUCCGUGGUUCCACAUCCCGCGUGUCUGGCUGACAUGCACGAGCCCGCGGCUCCUGCCGACGCCGUCGGUGGCUGCGACUCUGUCGCCCUCUUGUGGCGCUCGGCAGACCUGCGCGCGGCGCGACGGCGCGGCCUGGUGGGGGCGCUGGUGGGCUCCCUCGCGCGUGCCCCCAGACAGAACUCCAAACUGGGGCGGCCGCUGCUGCUGCUGCCUGAGGAGGAGGAAGUGCUGCGCCGGAGCGCCGCAGGUUGUGAUGUCACGUCCGCUUCCCACCCUGCUCUGAGUCGGCAGGACGUUCCAGCGGCAGAGCGGCGUCAGCAGGUGGCGCUGUACGAGGCGGAGCAGCGGCGGAGCCACCAGCAGCAGCAGGCGCUGGCCCUGCAGGACAGGAAGUCCUGUCUGACCAGGGCCAUGUGGUCGGCUGAGCCACAGGCCCCAGUCUGGUCCGCUCCCUCAGGACCCGCUCCACCAGACCGAGCCACGGCUGAGGACCUCCAGCGGCGGCUGACGGCGCUGGAGCAGGACUUUGUCUUCCCGCGCUCAGCCAUGGCGGUGCAGCUCAGCACGGCCCGCGCGGGUCUGACCCACCGCCCGCUGUCCCGGCUCCCGUCGCAGACACCGGGUCCCGGCCGGGCCCCGCCAGACGCCAGACUCCGGGUCUUCCAGGACCUCAGAGAGCGGGGCUUCUUCCUCACCUCCGCUGGGAAGUUCGGCGGCGACUUCCUGGUCUACCCAGGGGAUCCUGUCCGCUUCCACGCCCACUUCAUCGCCGUCUGCCAGCCUCUGGAGCAGAGCGUCCGGCUGCUGGACCUCCUGGCUGUGGCCCGUCUGGGCUCCAACGUCAAGAAGACGGUGCUUCUGUGCUCGCCGGGCGCCGACGGCCUGGUGGUCUACACCUCGCUGCAGUGGAGCGGGAUGGUCUGAACCUGCCAGAAUAAAAGCUCCCUCGA